AUGGCGGCGAUGAAAUACAAAGGAAGCGUUUUUAUCAUAAUAGUCAUCUUCCUUCUUCUUCUUCUUCCUUCUACACUACUUGCUCGCUCUUCUUCUACGAAAUCCUUCUUUUGGCUAGGAGAAACACAAGAUAUGAAAGCCACGAAAAAGGGGAAGGAGAUGGAUGGAGGAAGAGGAACUGAAGUUGAAGAAAGACAAGUUCCGACUGGAUCCGACCCUCUCCAUCAUAACCACAUUCCUUUUGCUCCAUAGAGAGAUCCAUUCCAGCUUUAUAUUAUUAUAUUUCUUCUGGCUCUUACUACAUCUUCUGGCUUUCACAUUGUUGACA